AUGUCCAUGGAGGACCCCUUCUUUGUGGUGAAAGGAGAGGUACAGAAAGCAGUCAACACUGCACAGGGAUUGUUUCAGAGAUGGACAGAGCUCCUCCAGGACCCAUCCACAGCCACGAGGGAAGAAAUCGACUGGACCACCAACGAGCUGAGAAACAACCUCCGGAGCAUAGAGUGGGAUCUAGAGGACCUUGACGAAACCAUCAGCAUAGUCGAAGCAAAUCCUAGGAAAUUCAACCUCGAUGCAACCGAAUUGAGUAUAAGAAAAGCUUUCAUCACAAGUACUCGGCAAGUCGUCAGGGACAUGAAGGAUCAGAUGUCAACUUCAUCUGUGCAGGCAUUAGCUGAAAGGAAAAAUAGACAGGCCCUGCUAGGAGACAGUGGCGGACAGAACUGGAGCACUGGAACGAUGGAUAAAUAUGGGCGCCUUGACCGGGAGCUCCAGUUGGCCAACUCCCAUUUCAUCGAGGAGCAACAGGCACAGCAGCAGCUGAUCGUGGAACAGCAGGAUGAGCAGUUGGAGCUGGUCUCUGGCAGCAUCGGGGUGCUGAAGAACAUGUCCCAACGCAUCGGAGGGGAGCUGGAGGAGCAGGCAGUUAUGUUGGAUGAUUUCUCUCACGAGUUGGAGAGCACUCAGUCUCGGCUGGACAAUGUGAUGAAGAAACUUGCAAAAGUAUCUCAUAUGACCAGUGAUCGGCGCCAGUGGUGUGCCAUCGCUGUCCUCUUCGUGGUCCUCCUGGUCGUGCUCAUCCUCUUCUUAGUGCUGUGA